AUGUUGCAGCAUCGUAUGCACCACAACCCCUUCAGCUCACCGCCAUCUUCCACCGGCUCCCACGACACGGUCAGCACCACCACCGCAGAUUUAACCCAAGACUUAUCCGACUUCUCUUUUGGGCCCGACGGUGAGGGCACUCGCCAAGACCUUCAGAGCCCGUCUAGAAGAUACACAGCCCGGUCAGGCCGCUUUGGCUCCAAGCAAAUGCCCGAGAGCGUCCUUAACACAUCGGCAAUUGCUCGCACCUUUCCCGAAUGGACCGGCCUCCUGGCCGAGGACACCCGCACCGCCGACAUGGCCGCGCUGAAUAGCAAGCCCGUUUCUGCCUCCCCGGUUGGGAAGGAGAACAUGCCCCCGACGCAGGAACGUGCUAACGAGAACACGUUCGAGAUCGUGGCUGACGCGAAGAGGAGGCGCUUCCGCUCUGAUUUGCAGGCUCGCGUUGAGAACGAAUCAGAUUGUUCCACUAUUCUCUCUCUCUCGCCAGCCAGGCCCGGUUCGGCUGCUCGCCGCUCCCGUUUCGCAGCAACACAGCCGGACGCCACGGCAUCUCCCGACGGGCUUAAACGCUCACUGCAGGACAUGGUCUCCAAGAUCCGGACGGAGAAACAGACGACAAGGGGUGACACUACUCCAAGGCACUCAUCAAUAGCACAAACCAAUCACCAAACCCCGGCGCAAAGCUUAGCGGUGGACAACAGCAUGGUCACCGCUACCAACCGGUCCUUCUUCCUGCCAUCUUUCCGGCAUCUUCCGGACUGGACGUCUGGCACUCUCAAGUUUAGCACGACCAAGAACGGUGUCCCGGUCUUUGUCAAGUCGGGCAAGUCAGGCGUCCGCCUUGACCAAUAUGGCAAGGAGCACGGUGAGAUUCACGCUGUCGGCAUCUCGGAGGAGGACGAGGAAAUCUUUGUCUCGAUGGAUAAGCUCCAGGAGGAAGUCCGCGAACUCCACGAUCACGACGCAAUGCUCCAGCAGGAGGCAGAGAAGCUGCAGCGGGAAGUCAACCUGCUCCAGGCUGAGCUUAAGAGGCUCAGGAGUUCAAAGCUCUCUGACAGCGCCAUUGGUUCAGAAUCCGAGUCCUCGUUCAGGCGGAGCGGCGGACGUGACCAGGAACUGGAGCAUGAAAUCGCUGAGCUGCGUGAUCGUCUUGACCGGGCUAGCAGGCAGGUCGGUGUCCACGAUAUCCACAAUGCUGCCCUCGCUGCAGAGCGGGACGAGGCGUUGCACCAAGCCGCGAUUGCUCGUGAGCGGGCCACAAAGCUUCAAGCAGAACUGGAGGCCUCGCAGAGGGAUCUCGAGUCCUCUCUUCACAUGCUGCAGGAGAAGGAAGCCUUGCAGCUUGAGAACGAGUCCUUGUGUGCGGAGCUUCGUCGUGAGCUCAGUGGGGUCCAAAAGGACCUCCGUGCGGCCCGUGAGGAGCUUUCCUCGGUCCGCAGGCAGUGCGAGACUCUCCAGGAGGAGAAGCGACACCUUGCGCAGGACCAUGCCAGCAUGGAGCGCAACAAUGAGAACUACUUCAAGGAGAACAAGAAACUGCAGGCACAGGUAGCUGCGCGGGACCAGCACAUUGCUGAUCUCAAGAAGGGUAUCAGCUCUCGAGACAAAAUGCUUGACAACAUUCAGGACUUGAACGCGGAUACGGAAGUGCUCGAGCUGAAUGCUGAUCUCCAGGCCGAAGUGGAACGCAUGCAGCAGAAGCUGGAGCAGCAGACGGCCGAAUUGCAUCAAAAAGAUGACGAUAUCAGCACAAAGGAAGGCAGGAUCCGCUCCCUCAAGGAGCAGAACCUCGAUCUCUCUAUCGACAACGAGCGACUUCAGGAGGAGAACCAGCGCCUUCGUUCAGAGCAUGAGGAAAUCAGAGCCCAGUGGAUCGACGAAAGGCACAAGGUGGCUCGGUUAAACCAGCUCCUCGGCAAAAACACUGCCAGCGAGACCGCUGACGGUGGUGUCCGCUUGGCCGACGAUUUGAGGCAGACGGAAGCAGCUCUCAGGGAGAAGCUCGAGCGCCGAGAAGCAGCUGUUAAGAAGGUCAAGCAGCUGUCGAGCAAAAUCAGCGACAUUGCGGAGAGGGAGUUUCUCGGCAAAACAACCAAAGUCACCCGCAUCGUCGAGCCAAAAGAUAUGAACAGUGGUACAAACGAGGGGACCGGAAAGAGUAUCGCUACCAGUGUUGACGAGCACACCAGAAGGGAGCCUAAUCUCACUGACGACUCUGAUUUCGCUAGCGUCAUGGAGGACGAAAUUGCCAAGCUGAGACAUAACUAUCGGGCACUUCAGAGUCGCGCACGACAGGAGACGGAGAAUACCGAUCAUUCGAUGGCGUCAUCCGCGCCGAUGCUCCAGCGCAGCAAGUCCGACAGCGGCGUCGUGCCUUCCAAGUCCACCCAGCCGAAGGCCCAGCUAUCCGGAAUACUUAAGAAGACUAGCCAAUUCGCUGUUGAGGAGGACACCGGCCGCUUCAGCGUGAGGUCUGCGCUGAGCAUUGUCAGCGAGCACACAGAAGACGAGGCCCUCAUCACCUCGCAGAGUCAAAAGUCCUGGGCGGGCAACACCCAGGGCGAGCUUCCCCGGCCGCAAUCCCGGAUGCGUAGGAAUUCCGAGAUUGAUCGUGACAUGACGGAGCCGAAUAUGACCUCGGCCUUCUUCAUGCCCGACAUCACGCUGGAGGGCAGCAAGCAGCACGCCGCGCAGGACCUGCCGCUCCCAUCCCUUAGCAAGGAGGCCCGCCGGGUUCUAGACGGCAUUUGCAAGCACAACUCGGCCAACUGCAAUGUGUGCGUGCGCAUCGCUAGCCACGGCGAGAAGAACGCCACGUACAACUCCACUCUUACCACGAACAAGAUCCUCAUCACGGCCGAGGAUGUCAGACGGGGCAAGAAGACUGUCUCAGUGGAGAAGCCGAUCCCGGUGUCAGACCGCGUCGCCGAACAGGCCCAGACCCACGCAGCACAGCAACAACGGAACCAACAGUUCGACGAUGAACCUACCAUGCGGCCCUCCAUGUCGCCUGGCGAGGCCCUCGCAAUCCUGAUCAAAGAAACCCGAGACGAAAUCAACCAUCUCCAGAUUGAGUUGAAGGGGGCGAACGAGGUGUACUUUGCCCUGGACAAAUCCAUGGGCAUGCGCGAGCGGAAGAAGGUCAUGGGCGAGAUCAAGCGCCUGCAGGGCGAGUUGGAGGCCAAGAGCGGACACCUAUACCGACUACACGAUGUGCUAGAGGGGCAGAAACAGGCGGGGCAGCUGAUGGAGGGCGAACAGGUCGAUGUUACCAUUCUAAGUGGCCUGUUGAGGGCCGAAAUGACUGGGGAAAGCAGAGCGGAAGGGAUAGAGGAGUGGAAUGGAUUUGACUGA